AUGGUGCAUCCCGAUAAUAUCUCAAAAGAAUUAGUUUCUACAAACGAUGUUUCUCAGAAUGUUCAAGGGGUUGUCGUAAAGUCGAUAGAUGUCGACGGUGACUUUAUUAACAAGCAAGAGUUUGAUGAUCGUGAUAGCAUGCUCACAUGGAUUCGUAAGACUGCAACUAUACUUAGUUUUAGUGUGGUUAUAGGAAGAUCGGAUAAUGGGUUGGAAAGAAGAAACGUUUUUGUAACAAUGUUGUAUGAAAGAAGCGGGAAAUACUGGACUCCUCUACGGAAGUUUAAAAGAGACGACAUGCGUAGUAGAAAAUGUGAAUGUCCUUUUAAAAUUCGUGGUUACAUGUUGGCUACCAAGAAGUGGAAAUUUACUGUUAUUUGUGGUUUGCAUAACCAUGAAUUGUGCUCAAAGUUACAAGGUCAUCAUAGUGUAUGUCGACUCAAACCGGAAGAGAAGACAUGUAUUAGUGACAUGACCUUGAAUCUUAUCCAACCGAAAAAUAUACUUGUCACAUUGAAACAGAAGGAACCCAACAAUAUAUCAAAUAUAAGGCAAGUGUAUAACAUUUGGUACCGCGCUAACAAGGCGAUUAAGGGAGAUAAAAGUGAGGUGCAACAACUGUUGAAAUUAUUGGAUGAUAACAUUUACGUUUCCCGAUACAGAACUUGCGACGAUGGAGUUACGGUCUGA